AUGACACAAGGUUAUAUGAAACAGGCAAAUGAAUUCUUAACUAGUUUAACAGGAGAAGGGAUAAAAAAAGAUGAAGAGGUUGAAGAAGGCAAGGAGGUUGAGGAAGAAAAACUAUAUGUUUAUAUUUCACAAAACUUUGAUUCAAUACCAGACUUUAAUCAAGUGAACAGUGAUGAUGAAUCUACAGAAGAAACUACAACACACAAAAAUAAUCUUAAAAGGAAACUAGUAAAUGAUAAAUUACCAGACUAUGAUAGAUUAGUAUUUCUAUUUAAUGAUUCAAAUGAAGAUAAGAUUAUAGAAAAAAUUGAUGAAAAUACUCUUAAGGAGGAAAGAAAAUUGUUACUAGCAAAUGAUAAUAAG